AUGGACAAGAAUCUCCAGUGUUCUAUUCCAAUUGAAUCAGAUACACAUUGGGUAGGCGGUAGUUUUGUAAGCAAAGAUCACUGUAUUGUUUGGACAUUGGUAAGUCAUUUCAAACAAUUCAAUAUGGUAUUCAUAGCCAUAGGAUGGUCAAAGGCGACAUUUCAUACAAUUACUUCUAUUCUACGCACAUCAAACGACAAGGUAUUGAUUGUCACUCUAUCAAAUCACCCUGAAUCUUCUGGUUUCUCUAUUAUACCACUUUCUUUAGACAGAACAUUAAAGGAAACAACCUAUAGCAUAGACACAACAUUCUCAAAUAUUUGGCCUUUAGUAGAUAAAGGCGAUUCAACAUUUGGUAAUAUUACAGCUACAGCACCCGUGGAUUCAAAUCGGUUAGCUAUCGGUUAUGCAUCAGGCACUAUAUGUAUUGUGCCUCUCUCCUUAGCCUUGUUACAUUUAGCAGAGAUAUCCCAUCAUUUACAGAAUCGAGACGAUGUGCUUGUCUUUCAACAUGCUCACCGAGAUGCAGUGACUUGCAUGAUUGUGCCUGAACAUCAUGGCCAACAUUACCUUUUAUCUGGGGGACAAGAUGGAGCUGUCAAAAUAUGGAAUUUAAUGCAAGUGAGUCUUAUGAAAUGA